GUCAAACCAAUUCAUUGCAUCACUUCAGCUCACAGCACAAAAUGUUGUCCUUCAAACUCUCCUUCUUCCUAGCCUUCUUCCUUUGGGCCUUCACUCUCGAGGCUGCACCAGCAAUGCACCAUCACCGCCAUGGUAAUCAACAUCUUCGACACCUCCACGCAACAAGAGCAGCUCUUCUGCACCGCGCAAGAUCACACUAUCACCAUGGAGCCCCCCAAGUUUUGUUCGAAGAGCCUCAGAAGCCUAGUCAGAGUGUGCGAGCACAGGCUGUACCUGACCAAGAGAUGCACCAUUCCGUGGAGCGGCUGACGGUAUAAAUAUUCAAUGGUAGGUGACAAGCCCACGAUUAAUAUGAUGCAUAUACUGACUUGUAGAAGAACAAAGUUUCGCAAUAAUCGGGUGGAAGUAAUGAGAGGAAAUCAGAAGCUGGCUCUUCUGAUAUUGGCAUGUUGGACGGAGUUUGUUUAAUAUUGGAUGGCCAUAUGGGCGUUGGUGAGAUACUUGAACCAAACAUGGUUUAUUAUCUUAUAUGUUACUUUCAAAUACUGUAACUCUUUGAUUUCCCACAGUUUAUAAAAUUCAUAAGAUAUUACUGCUCAAAUUCUAGGUUUACCAAGCG